AUGAAUAUAUUCCUUAAUUUACCAGAAGAAGUAUUAGCACUUAUUAUUAAAUAUGCCAAUGAUAAACAAAAGCUUGAAGAAUUGGUUUCCAUUCCUGCGGUACAACAAUAUGCAUUACGUGAAAGAUAUUCGACUUAUAAUAUGGAAGCUUCAAGUGGAUCCUAUGAUGGAUCAAUCGAAAAAUUGAAAGAAGUUUAUAUCAAAUACAACUUCAAACCUUCAAAAAUAAUUGGAAAUUUAUAUCAAAUAAAUCAGCUAAUUGAAGCUUCAAAACCCAAAACAGCACCAGAGAGAAGAACAAAAUCAAGCGUCCAAGAUGUCAGUCAAUUCUUGAAUACUAUCGAUUUCAGUCAAGCAGAAUUUGAAGUUGUACUAUAUCAUGGAGAUAUUUAUUCUGAGUUGAUCUCAGUUGUUAAUAAGCUUAAUGUAACUGGAAUUCAUACGAAUAAGGGAGGUAAUAAUUUUUUCACUAUACUUGGUAAUAAUCAAAGAACAUCAUUUUUGGAAUUGAUAAAAGCAAGUAAUCUAACAUCAUUAACUACAACUUAUCUGGAUUUGCUUCAAAUUCAACCACCUAAAUCCCUAAAUGAGUUAACAAUUUAUAAUCAGCUGAACCAAAAUUUUUCCUUGGAUUUAAGCACAUUAAAUAAUCUUCGAAAAUUUAUUUGUCAUGACUUAAGGGAAAUGGAUUCAUUAGAUGGUCUUCAAAUACCCAAAUCAAUCAGGCAUCUAGAAUUAAUAUCCUGUGGAAUGCAAAAUUUAAAUAAUUUGGAAAGUUUAACAAAAUUGGAUACACUUAUUAUCGAAAAUUGUUCUAAAUUCAUUGGUUUCAUCAAGUGCAUUUUACCUGAAUCUUUAAGAAAUUUAUGCUAUGCCAAUUGUCUCACAAAAGGAAAAGUUAACCAACUAUAUAAUGAAGUUAAAGAACUCACAAAUGAUCAAUUUGAAAUUUCAGAUUUUUCAAGUGAUGGUAAAUCAUUAAUUAUUGGCCCUGAUUUCAAAUUUCCUCCACGAUUAUACAACAUGAGUAUUAUAGAUCAUUUUAGUACUUUACAAUUUGAAUCACGAUCAACAUUAAGAGGACUUGAUAAAUUAGAGUUAAUUGGUAUAGAAAAUUUUAAUUUAAAAGAAUUUUUUCAAUUAUUACAAAAUGAAUUAACUUCAGUUAGUAUCACCUAUUGUCAACUUUUGGAUAUUGAUGACUGCCAAUUUCCUUGUGUAAAAGAAUUAAAAUUCUCAGGAAAUACAAUUUCCAGAACUUUUAAAACAAAUUUGGCUCAAUUGGAUUGUUUGAAAGAUUUAGUGAUUGAAAUGAAUGCUUAUGCUGAUAGUUUUAAUUUGGAUCCUUUCAAAUUUUUUACAAUUGAAAAUACUUUUGUUGAUUCAUCUGGUACACCAAAGAGGAAAGUUGCAAAAAAUGUUGAAUCUUCCUCAAGUGAUCAAGCUGUUUCAAUUAAUAUGCCAAAUUUGCAGUUUCUAAGUUUGGAUAAAUACAAUAGAAAUUGGGGAAGAAGAAAUCAAUUUAAUAUUGAAGAUGUUCCUCCACCGGUAAACUUAAAUGGUUGUAAAAAUUUAGUUUCAUUAUCAAUGUCCAACAUGGGCUAUAAAAUUUUGAAUCUUGAUCAUUUACCAAACUCGAUAAAAUUUAUAAAAUUUAGAGAUUUCAAAUUUUUCUCAAUUGUCGGUGUUUUUGAUAAAUUUUCACAUCUAGAAAAGUUAGAUUUAAGAUCUAAUGAAAUUAGCUAUUCAAUGUUAUCAAAUCAAUCAUUCCCAAAUAGUUUAAAAAUUUUAGAUUUAUCAGAUAAUAAACUUGAAGAUUUGACUUGUUUAUAUCUUUCAAAUUGUACUAAUUUAAGUCAUUUGUUUUUAAAUAAAGUAACUGGUCUGGAUAAUCCUAAAGGUGCAAGGGAAUUAAAAGAAUUAUUUCUAAAAAUUAAUAUUGACUCAAAAGAAAAUAUAGCUGAAUUAAGUAAUCGUAAUUCAAAAAAGAUUUUUAAAAUUGUUAAUGGUAAAGAUGUUAGUAGAGCUGCUAAAAGGGAAUUAAAAUCAAAAUUAAGAAACAAUGAUGCUGAUCCAACUUUCAGAGGAUGA